GUAAGUCAACAGAACAGAAAGUUUAAAAUCUAGUGGUGCUAUGUAGCUUCAAUUUUAAUUAGUUUUGCAAAAAGUGCCAAUCAUUUUCAAAUAAAGUUAUUCAAUUAUUAUAAUUCAACAUGGAAGAACUGCCAGACGAAUAUGAUGUAAUUAUUAUUGGAACUGGUCUCUGUGAAUCAAUAAUAGCAGCUGCUGCAAGUAGGAUUGGUAAAUCGGUAUUGCAUUUAGAUGGCAAUGAAUAUUAUGGUGGCGAUUGGGCUAGUUUUAAUUUAGAUAAUCUUCAAACAUAUUUAGAAAAACAAAGUAAAUCUGUUGAAAAAAAGUGUGUUGUUGAAAACGAUACCAAAUACCAUCUUAAAGAUGGCAAUGAUAUUUAUAAUAUUGUGCAAAAAUGGCAUGUAGAUGAUCAAAUUAGUUACAAAUGGAAGAAAAGCGAAAUAUUAAAAGAAUAUCGAAAAUUUAAUAUAGAUCUCUCUCCAAAGUUGCUAUUUUUUAAAGGUCAUCUAAUACAAUUAUUGAUAACAUCUAAUAUAUCAAGAUAUGCUGAAUUUCGUUCAGUUACUAGAGUACUUACUGUAUUGCCAUGUGAAUCUUUUAAUUCUUUAGAAAAAAAGUUUAAAUUAUCAGUAGUACCUUGUUCUCGGUCUGAUGUUUUUGCUUCGAAAAACGUCAAUGUUGUUGAGAAGAGAAUGCUUAUGAAACUACUAAAUAAUUGUAUUACUUAUAAACCAGAUGAUGAGAAUACUGAAUUUAAAGAUUUUGCAGACAAAACAUUUUUAAGUUACUUAAAGCAUAAAAAGCUUACUGAUAAUCUGAUUCAUUAUGUUUUGUACGCAAUAGCAAUGGGAAAUUCUGAAAUUGGAUGUCAUGAAGGAAUUAUGCGUACAAAAAGAUUUUUAUCUAGUCUUGGAUAUUAUGGUAACACCCCAUUCUUAUAUCCUAUGUAUGGAAAUGGUGAAAUUUCACAAUAUUUUUGCCGGUUGUGUGCUGUGUUUGGUGGUACUUAUUGUUUAAAGCGACCUGUAAGCAACAUUAUUCUUGAAGAUAAUAUUGAUAAGCCAGAAGAAAGUGUUCUGAAUAACGAAUCAAAAGUGGCAAUGAAGUAUAAGGAAAUAACAUGCGGCAAUCAAAAUUUAAAAUCCCAAAAUUUAGUUAUGGGGGCUGGUUUUGCUCCAGAGGAAUUUAAUAAAAAAAUAUCAAAAUCAGGUUUAUCAAGAGGUAUAUUUAUAACAGAUUGUUCAGUGUUAGAAGAUGAGCAUGAAAGCUUGACAUUGCUGAAAAUUCCACCAAUACAAGACUUUAUAGAAACCGUUGUUUUGGAAGUUGGAAAAAGUUCCUAUGUAUGCCCAGAUGGUCUAUACCUUGUGCACAUGACCUGUCGACAACAAAAGGGUGCUUAUUCUGAUUUGCAACCACUAGCUGAAAAAUUAUUUGAAAUGAAUCCUAAAUUUGAUGAAAUUAAAACUGAAAAAUCGGAUGAAAAUAAAGAAGAAGUUCAAGUAAAAGAAAAUAUAGAUGUUGAAGAAAACCAAACAAAUAAUGACGCCAAGUUGAAGCAAGAUCGUCCAAAUUGCUUGUGGUCUUUAUAUUUUAAUAUGCCAGACACAUCAGAGUGUGAUUUUUCAAAAUGGAAUAUUCCAGAUAAUAUAUUUUUAUGUAGUGGUCCUGAUUUGGACUUAGAUUAUGAUCAUGCUGUGGAUGAGGCCCGAAAAAUAUUUUUGAGAAUGUACCCCGAUUGUGAAUUUUUGCCAAGGGCACCAGAUCCUGAAGAGAUAAUAUUUGGUGAUAAUGAUGAAGAACAAAAAAGUGAAGAUACUGAACAAAUUUUGGAAAACAAUGAAAAAAAUUCUGAAGAGAUAAAAUCUGAUACAAGCAAGGCUAAAACAAAGAUUGAAGAUUUUUCAGAAUCAAUUGAUAACAAAAGUGAAAUCUCGGAUGAAUCUAAUAUCUUAAAAACUAAAGAGGUAAUUGAUUUACCUGAAACAAAAUUUAAAGAUAACGAUGAAAUUCUUGAGAAUAAAGAUUAA